AGCCAGUCGCAGCCCACACACAGACCCCAACUUGCAGCUGUCCAUCUCACUCACAGCUCUGGUCUCAUCCUCAACUCAGCCACAACCAUGGCUCAGACACUGGCUCUGAGCCUCCUUAUUCUGGUUCUGGCUCUCUGCAUCCCCUGGACCCAAGGCAGCGAUGGCGGAGGUCAGGAUUGCUGCCUCAAGUACAGCCGGAGGAAGAUUCCCUACAGUAUUGUCCGAGGCUACAGGAGGCAAGAACCAAGCUUAGGCUGCACCGUCUCAGCUAUCCUGUUCUUACCCCGGAAGCGCUCUCAGCCUGAGCUAUGUGCAAACCCUGAAGAAGGCUGGGUGCAGAAGCUGAUGAAAUGUCUGGACCAGUCUGCAGCCUCCGGGAAACAGAGCCCAGACUGCAGGAAGAGCAGAGGAACCUCUAAGCCUGGAAGGAAAGGAAAGGGCUCCAAAGGCUGGAAGAGGACUGACCAGACACAGGUCCCAAGGGGGCCCUAGCCCAGUGACCCCCCUGCACCCCUGGACCCCUGCACCCCUGGACCCCUGUACCCCUGGACCUCAGGAGAUUCUCCAUGAACUUCAUUAUGGCUUCAUGCGCCAACACACGGACAAAGAAAGGGCUAGGAAACAGGAAGGACUCGGGAGCCCCAGAGCAGCCUCCUAAUGCCGGCCUUGUCACACCCUUGUCCUGCUUCAGUCAUCCAGUCUGCAUGGUCACCCCUUUCUUAUAUGGCUGAGCUGCCCUCCCUGGGCCAGACCCGGAGAGUUAGAAGGAAGAGUCAAGAAGGAGACAGCAGGACUGUCCCCUCUGGGAGGUCACUCAGGUCCCCAGACCUGGCCUUGCUCUCCGAGGUGCCCUACCCUUUUCCUUGCAAAUAUGAUUUAUUCCUAAUUGAAUAAAAAGCUGUUCCAGCCUCAACCCGAA